UUCGUCCGUGUGCCAGAGGUAACCUUAAUUCAUACAUGGCAACUGUACGUUCUCAUUUCUUUUGUGGGAUAACAGAAUGAUCACAAUACAUAUUAAAAUGUUUGAAUGAAUAAGGCAUUCUUGUCAACUACGAUCAGUAAUUAAUGUUUAAACCAUACACUUUUACACAUAUGUAGCAAGAAUUCUGUGGUGGCAUCUCGAUAAGCAGCGAAAAUAACACCUUUCAUUUCGGUAUGCACUUAUCACUGCUACCAAGAAAAAUAAGAGAAUCUUUUAAGAUUCCUGUCUUCUGUGAUGUGACGCGUGUUGCUUGGUACAUAGUUUAAUGUUUCGGAAAAACUUGCUGUCUUCAACUUCAGGUUGGAAGACCGCCGACGUGAGAAUCUCGGAUCUCCAAAGAAGAUAUUUCUUCGGCGAGGAAAGUUUACAAUUGACGAUUGUUACUGAUCCAUGAGUUCAUAAACAUUGAUUUCUCGGACGGUAGAACGACAGUGACAUCUUUCAACUGCUAAAACGACGGUCUGUGGCGUCCGUGGCGUCUGUGGUACCUUCCCACAAUGGCCGAUAGUGUUUGCAAGUUAGGAUGUCUUUAAAAUAAGGACCUAGGUUCAUUUUAGCGCAUGGAAUAUAGGGAUGUGUUUGAAAUGGACGUUGUUGAACAUAAUUAUGAUUCCGAUACAACUGAGGAAUAUGAACCAGAAGGAGAUGAUGCAGUGCUUACUGGCGAAGGAGCACAACCAAUACAAAGGCAGGAAGCAUCACUCGAUGUUCAGGGUGCCAAUGUGCAGAUUGCAUCUGCAGCUUCUCAGCCAAUGACAUCUCCACCUAAUGCUGCAGUACUGGAUCAAAGUUCUAUGCAGCAAGAGAAAUCAUCACCUCCAACAUCUCAACACCAGUUGAAAAGUCAUGGCAUGAAACAAGUAAACUCUGAUGAAGAGAAUGAAGGUGAUGAUGGAAGAACAUGUCCAAUAUGCAUGGAUGUAUGGUGCAACUCCGGAAGUCAUCGCCUAGCAUCAUUGCGAUGCGGACAUUUCUUUGGUCACAGCUGCAUCUUGCGUUGGUUGCAGAUAGGAUGUGCAGCAGGGCAUAGAAGGUGUCCACAGUGCAAUAAGAAAGCCAGCAUGAAGGAGAUCCGUAUACAUUAUGCUCGUAAAUUGCAAGUUCUUGAUACUGCAGAAAGAGACAGGUUACGAGAGGAGCUGGAAGGGGUCCAGAGAGAGAAACACCAAUUAGAAUUGGAAUUGGCAAGAACAAAACUGAAUCAGCAACUGCAUCAACAGCAGUUAAUAAAAUUGCGACAGAAAUUAUCAGAGAUACAAGAAACACAGGGAUGUGGCACAAGACAGUCUACACAAGUAGGUGGCUUCGUGUCACAGGAGUCAUCACAUCAAAAUUUGGCUCUUUAUCGUAGUGUUGAAAUCUGCAGAGAAGGUGGCUGUCGUGUGUUGGCAUAUGACAAGUUUCUGAACCUUCUUAUUGUGUCUCAACGCUCAACAAAUACCCUGUUUUCUGGUUAUGGAAUUAAGAAAAUUGAUGCUGUGGAGUUUCGGCCAACACAGUUCGUUUUCUUGCAUCCGAGAGCAAUUAGAGACUUGGCUUUCCAUCCACUGCGUAAUGACAUGUUGCUUAGUGUGUCGCUGGACCGAUGUGCUAAACUUUUUAACGUAGCUAGCAAUACAGUUGUUCAGAGUUAUACUACAGACAGUCAGUUGUGGAGUUGUUGUUGGGAUGCUGAUAAUUCAAAUUUGUUUUUCAUUGGCACAAAUAAUGGAGCAGUCCUCCAGUAUGAUGUAAGAUCUACAGCUGGACCUAUAUGCAGGAUAACUUCACCAGAGGAUUCAUCCCCAGUUACAUCAUUAGCUGCAGUACCAACAUGUCCUGGUAGAACAUUAGCACGAGGUGGGUUUUUAGCUUGCAGGCUGAACUCGUGUUGGGCAUAUGAACAUCGUGAUGUAGAGUAUGUGGGUUCACAGCUUCCCUUUGAUGGACCAUUUGUGUCACUAUGCUAUGAUAAAAAUUCUGGUCAUGUGCUGAUAUCAACACGUCCAAGCGUUCGUUAUCCACUUUCACGACACAUCGUGUGCCAACUACCAGAGGUAACUGCUGGUGUAGAUUCUUGCCUUAUAUGUAAUCCUGUUCACACAUUUCAGGGCAGUAGAAGUCAGAAUCUCCUGUCACGAGCUUGUCAGGUAUCUGUACCAGGAGAUACUCUGGUUGCAGCUCAUCAAGAGAGCUUGAAAUGUGUUGCUUUAUGGAGUAUAUCAUCAGGUCGGCAGGUACUUAGCUGUCCAGCAUCUCAACCAGUGAUAGAUUUGUGUUCAGUGCAAGUGAACAAUAACCAGUACCUGGCAGCAUUGUCAGAAAAAACGAUGAGCAUCUACAUGUUUAAAUGAAUUGUAAUACUUAUGACUAUUUAGAAGUUACAGAAAUUUCACAGAGCAGAUGGAGGAAGAGGAUACUUACUCUGAAAGGGACCUGUAGUUAAAAUUAAGAAAUACGAGGCUCGUCUACAAAGUAAGUUUCCCUGGGGCUGUUUACAGAAACAAAACAAUUUCAUGGAAAUAUUUAUUGCAACAGAUACAGCACAUGUUCAGCUAUUUUUCAAAUAAUCGCCACCGGAAUUGAGAAAUUUGUCAUACCGUGGGACCAACUUUUGAAUACCUGUGUCAUACAAGUCUACCGCCUGGGAUUGGAACCCCUGUGUGACAACCAUCUCUGC